GGCUGCCGGGCUUCGGCGAGCCCCGUCUUCUCGGGUGGCCCCGCCCUCGCGUGACGGCCGGACCGGGAAUUGGCAGCGGCGCUGCAGCCAUUUCCGGUUUCGGAGAGGUGGGUGCGGUGCGGAGCGGGAGUUGGCUCCGCCGCCACCUCCAGAGCCUGUCCUGCUGCCGGGUGCUGCCGGGAGGAUGCGGCCGGAGCCCGGAGGCUGCUGCUGCCGCCGCCCGAUGCGGGCGAACGGCUGCGUCAAGAACGGGGAAGUGAGGAACGGGUACUUGAGGAGCAGCACCGCCACCGUCGCGGCUGCCGGCCAGAUUCAUCAUGUAACAGAAAAUGGAGGACUGUACAAAAGACCGUUUAAUGAAGCUUUUGAAGAAACACCCAUGCUGGUUGCUGUGCUCACAUAUGUGGGCUAUGGCGUACUCACCCUCUUUGGAUAUCUUCGAGAUUUCUUGAGGCAUUGGAGAAUUGAAAAGUGCCACCAUGCAACAGAAAGAGAAGAACAAAAGGACUUUGUGUCCUUGUAUCAGGAUUUUGAAAACUUCUAUACAAGGAACCUCUACAUGAGAAUCAGAGACAACUGGAAUCGACCUAUCUGUAGUGUGCCUGGAGCCAAGGUGGAUAUCAUGGAGAGAAAAUCUCAUGACUAUAACUGGUCAUUCAAGUACACAGGGAAUAUAAUUAAAGGUGUAAUAAACAUGGGUUCCUACAACUAUCUUGGAUUUGCGAGGAACACUGGAUCAUGUCAGGAAGCAGCUGCUGAAGUCCUCAAGGAGUAUGGAGCAGGGGUGUGCAGCACUCGUCAGGAAAUUGGAAACCUGGACAAGCAUGAAGAACUAGAGAAAUUGGUAGCAAGGUUCUUAGGUGUGGAAGCUGCUAUGACCUAUGGCAUGGGAUUUGCAACAAAUUCAAUGAACAUUCCUGCUCUUGUUGGCAAAGGUUGCCUGAUUCUGAGUGAUGAGCUGAACCAUGCGUCACUGGUUCUAGGAGCCAGACUGUCAGGAGCAACCAUUCGAAUCUUCAAACACAACAAUAUGCAAAGCUUAGAGAAGCUUUUAAAAGAUGCCAUUGUUUAUGGUCAGCCUCGGACAAGAAGACCCUGGAAGAAAAUCUUAAUCCUUGUGGAAGGCAUAUAUAGUAUGGAGGGGUCUAUUGUUCGCCUUCCUGAAGUGAUUGCUCUCAAGAAGAAAUACAAGGCAUACUUGUAUCUGGAUGAGGCUCACAGCAUUGGGGCUCUUGGCCCUUCAGGGCGAGGCGUGGUAGAUUACUUUGGCCUGGAUCCUGAGGAUGUAGAUGUUAUGAUGGGAACAUUCACAAAGAGCUUCGGUGCUUCAGGAGGAUACAUCGGAGGCAAGAAGGAGCUGAUAGACUACCUGCGCACACAUUCUCACAGUGCUGUGUAUGCCACGUCGAUGUCACCGCCUGUGAUGGAACAGAUUAUCACCUCCAUGAAGUGCAUCAUGGGGCAGGAUGGCACCAGUCUUGGCAAAGAAUGUAUACAGCAGUUGGCUGAGAACACCAGGUAUUUCAGGAGACGCCUGAAGGAAAUGGGGUUCAUCAUCUAUGGCAAUGAAGACUCCCCGGUGGUGCCUUUGAUGCUCUACAUGCCGGCCAAAAUUGGCGCCUUUGGAAGAGAGAUGCUGAAGCGGAACAUUGGUGUAGUUGUGGUGGGAUUUCCUGCUACCCCGAUCAUUGAGUCCAGAGCCAGAUUUUGCCUGUCAGCAGCUCAUACCAAAGAAAUACUUGACACUGCUUUGAAGGAGAUAGAUGAAGUUGGGGAUCUGCUGCAGCUAAAGUACUCUCGCCACCGGCUGGUGCCUCUACUGGACAGGCCCUUUGAUGAGACUACCUAUGAAGAGACAGAAGACUGAGCCUUUCUGGUGCUCCCUAGAGGGGGAUAAUUCCUCCCAGGACAGUGUGUGGCCUUUCUGAGCCAAUUCCAGGAACCACACUUCAGUGACCACUUCAUGUGAAAGACAUUUCUGAAGCUACUGAAGGUGGCCACCUUCACUCCAAAUGGCAUUUUGUAAAUAGUAAAAAAACCAAACUGCUUCACAUUCUUCCUCUGUUUGCUAAGUCUCACACACACACACACACAUAUGAUUACUUUGUCCAUUAAAAAUGUUUUAUUUUAUAACUAUUCUACUUGUGAAAUCACGCUGACCCUUGCCUGUGGCUUCUGGAACAGGCAUUCCCCGCUGCAGUCACCUCAUAGGCUUGGAUCCAUCAAGACCUACUUCAGGCCCCGGCUCUCCAACCGAGAGAGACUCACUGGCCCUCUCCCUAGGGAGCAAGUGCCUUCUGCUGACUUUCCGCCCAGGUCUGAGGUUGCCCCCCUUGUAAUCCCUAUUUAACCAGUCAAGUCAAUCAACCAAAGCACUCUGUCUUUAGUCUUAAGGUAAAUGUUACCAAGGCCAGAAGGCUUAUGUGACUCCCCGUGGCCAAGGACCUCCUAAGACUGGUCUCUCUCUUUCUGUUCUGCUCACCAAAUAAUUUAUUCAUUAUCAGAGCUUUCUUCAUAUGGUCGGUCAUAGGCUGAAGAUGUAUCCAACGUUUAGGUUCUCCCUGAGAUCUAAGCCUAAUGGUUCCCACCUCUAAAGUUACGACAGCCUCUUGCUGGUUCUGGGUCCAGGUUAAGAUUUGACCCUUAAAGGCAAGUGUUGGUCAAUCUUUUGCUCAUGUUCCACUUCACCAUUAGUGGUAUAAGUUUUCCGCGUAGACGCUGACCCACCUGAACAGUGCUCUUCCAAAGGCCAAUUCUCCUCCUCCUCCUGGGCUAGGAAGAUUUUGCCCAGCACCUGGGGCUGGCUUAUCUUGUGCUUCCAUUGUAUUUUUCCCCCUUUGAGGAAUUCUGAUCAAAUACCUCUUUCUUAAACUGGAAUAGCCUGUUUUCCUGUCACCGCGGGGUCAGGGACUUCAUUCAGAGCUUUGUGCUGCUUGACCAAAGACACAUCUGAAGAGCACCAUUUUAAAGUUUUGUUUUUUUUCUUUUGACCAAAGCUUAAUUGAAGAGAACUUUUGGCUUUAUUUAUUGUGCUGAAGAUGAAUUUAUCUUUUAGUAGCAAUCACGUGUUAGAAGGAAGGACUGAGAACAGAAUGGGGGGAAAAACUAUUUAGAAGUACAUUUUGUAUGCCAUUCUUUAAAAUGAUUCUUAUUACUGAUAAAGAUCCCAAACCAAGUCCUUCUGAGGACCUGUCAGCUGCAGUACAAGGACAAGAAGAGAGGCAGUGUCAUUUGUGAAGCUCUGUUUUCAUGCCCUGGAUCUGUUAUCUUUGGCCCUCUUGGCAUCUGUGAGCUUUUAGCCCUUGGCAUGUUCUAAAGUUGUAUGUGAGUUUUUUAAAGAGUAGAAAUGGGUGAACAGGCUGGGUGUGGUAACCUAUGCCUUUAAUCCUAUAUCUCAGAAGGCAGAGGCAGGCUGAUCUCAGUUUGAGGUCAGCCUGGUCUGCAUAGUGAAACCUGAAGAGGGAGACAGAGAAUAAAAAGAUUCCAUAACUAAGUCCUAUAAAGCUCAAAUACCUUCCUUCCUCACAUUCCAUCUUAGAAUCCCACUGGAGUACUAAGUAUUUUGCACAGCACUUACUAUUUAAUGAUGCAGACCUAAUAGGGCUUGCAAAAGUAACAAGCCUUAAGCAGUGAACGCGCCUGCUAGUCUUUUAGCUCACAUGAAAUCACUUCAAAUUAAAAUGCUCUUACGGGCAUCUAAAUUUUUCUGUAUGUAUCUCUUGGUGCAAAGUUUAUUUUGGGCUAAACGUAACUAAGUUAAAGAUUUUUGUUAUUGUUUGUCGGGUUGGUUGGGUUUUUUGUUUUGUUUUGAAGAGACAAAACCCCUGUGUUCUACCCUUGAUCUCUACUUCCGAGAGGACAAAAUGGUUUAUACACUUUAUAUGUGGCUGUUUUUUUGUAAAUCUGUAAUAGAAAUCUCUGGCCCAAUUAUGUCAUAAGUGACUAUAAUCCAAAAAUCAUAGUGAAUAGAGAUAGUGAAUAGAGACCUGGGCCCUAAAUAGAUAGAUUCAGGCAUUCCUAAGUCAGCCAUCACCACCAAAGCCGACUGUACUUUGCCUCAUGCUUUUCAUUUAGCAUUGUCCUUACUCCUGUGUUUGUAAGACCCACUUCACAGCCCACGUCAGGAACCAGAAGAUAAUCAGAAUCAUGCAGAAGAUUUGGCCCGAGGGGCAAGGGCAGGGAAUAAAUAUCUCCUCUUCAUAGUAACCUUGUUUAAAGGAUCUAGCCUUGGAGCUGAAGAGAGGGCUUAGUGGUUGGGGACACUGACUUCUUUUUCAGAGGACCCGGGUUCAAAUCUCAGCACCCACGGGGUAGCCCACAACUGUCUGUAACUCCAAGAUUUGAUGCUCUCACAUAGACAUACAUGUAGGCAAAAUACAUAAACUAAAGGUAAAUAAAUAAAACUUGGUGGGAAAAAAAUAACCAGCCCCCUUCCACCCUUCAUUCACAGUCUUCACUUCUGACUCAAACCCUCUCGUAGGCUGAAGGGUAGAGCGUCCUCAGAGAGAUCUGCCUCUGAGCCUGGACUGACAUUCUGGAUUCUGCCUCCAGAGGACACUGACAAGUGCUGGUGCACCAUAUGGGGAGCUGUAGGGCAGACAACCUGCUCCUUGCAUGCACAACCAUGCACUUUGGUGUUUCUUCCCUUAUUAGUUAAGGGUAUCCAUAUCUGAGUCUCUGAUGACUGGCAAGGUAUAUAGCCACAUUACCUGGUGUGUAAUAUAUCUUGCAAAAAGCAAGAUAAACAUCUGGCUUAGAUUUCUUGACUUUAGACAAAGGGGGAAAUGAUACCUGCUACCACCUGUUUUUCCAAACUGAUGAAUCUACCUAAUUGCAGUAUUUUGACAAAACCCAUAGAAAUGUAAAUAAAUGGUUGCUGUGGGAUCAAGUAUGGUACACACCUGUAAUCUCAGAAGGCAGAAGCAAGCAGAUCUAGAAUUAUAAAUUAUUCUGUGUUACAAAGUGAGACUCUACAGAAGGAACAAAAAGAGAGUGGACUAUUGCUAUGACUUAAUGUCAGGACGCUGUUCUCCCAGUGUUCUAGGUAAGACACAGCUGCGUGUUCGUGCCUCUCUGCUUCCAACAUGGGGUUAGUUAAGAAAAGGAGAGCAGUAGGCUUUCCUCUCUUCCUGUGCCAAGCUGAUCAGGAGCUGUCAAGUAUUUCUCACAAAUAAAACCACGUUAGCCUGGGGCUAUGAAGGGGGAGUUAUUAAAAUCGGGGGUUAGUUAAGAAAAGGAGAGCAGUAGGCUUUCCUCUCUUCCUGUGCCAAGCUGAUCAGGAGCUGUCAAGUAUUUCUCACAAAUAAAACCACGUUAGCCUGGGGCUAUGAAGGGGGAGUUAUUAAAAUCGGGAUUCUGCUUGGCAGUUUAUCAAAGAAUAUAUAGUGCCUCCACCCCACCCCCUCCAGUUCCAGAACCUAUGGAUAACCUCUUACCUGCUUACUAGUAUACUCAGUACCCAGCAGGCAUCUUAAUCCAUUAAGCUGGUUAAUCAAAACACCUUCCAAGUGGAGAAAAGCAUAUCCUUCCUCCCCUCUGCCUUAUCCACGUGAAGUGUGUGCUCGGGCUUCUAGCCAGCGCACAGGGAACAGAGGGAGGCCCACCAGGGAUCCUGGCUUGCCUACCGAAGGCUAUUGCUGCUGUAGUUUUCAGUGACUUCUGUCUUCUAAGAUGCUUUUUCCUGUAGAUUGAAAGGUUUCUAGGAAGAAAACAAACGGGAACUUGCUUAGGCCCUAAUGAUGAGCGUUUUCCUCUUUGUGGAGUCUGAAGGCUCACAUUCACAGUUUACCCUUAGGAGCAGCCUGGUGGGCGGGAGCUGUGAGCUUGUUUGCUACGAUGUGGCCUUAAAACUGUUACUGUUUCCAGUGUGAUGAAUUCUAAUAAGUCAACCCUGAAGAAUGCUGUGGCUCUUGUCCCGUGUCACUGCUUUUGUGUAAAGCUUUGUUCUUUGGGAGCAGUUAUUGGAGACGGAAUGAAAGGUGCUUGCAAGAACAGCACCCUGAUGUGCUCAGUGUCUGUUUCCUGCGCCCUCUGCACUCUUUCCGUGUGCAAGGAACUCCAGUUAACUCAAAGUCCAGCACAGGUCCCAGGUAAUUCGUGUACACAUCCUGAGUAGAGAAUGUACCAAGGGUGGUGGAGUUAUCGUCCCCCUUAACACUGUAUGUCAGGAUUAGUUUAGCCAAUAGUUGGAAUUAAGAGCUUCCUUACUAGUUUGUUCUUCACAGGACAUAGAAACCUCUCCUGUUUGUUUAGCCUGCAUGCCCACAGUCUUGAUGAUCCCUCUCUGUACAAAGGCAGCUAACAAUAAGGGACGGGGGAAGAGAAGAGAACAGGUGUCUGUGGGAGAGUUGAAUUAGAGUGAUCUUGUAGAUCCACGUUUUCCCACUGACCAAGUUACUGUAGGCUGGAGUCUGCAAGGUGUACUGUGUCGUGAACCCUUUUCAUUCUUGUAAUGUUCUUAUCAUCUGGGAAUGUGAGAUUUUUAAUUUUAGGAAUAAUCUUACAAAUAAUCACUCUUCUGUAGCCGUCUUGCCAGAUGUUUUAUUUUUCUUUAUUUUAUUUUAUUUUAUAUUGGAUGACUGUGAAGCUAUACAUAGUAGGUUAUGGAGGAUAUCAAUUUUCAGAGUGCAUGUUAAGAAAUAAAGCGAACCUACUUGAGAUGAAUCAUCCCAUAAAUAUUGUUUUGCCCUAAUAAAAUAUUCAGAAAUAGA